AUGGGAAAGUCAGAAGACGAGGCAAAGGCCGAACUCAUUGAAAUGGCCACUUCAUCCCCGAAUCCCACUGAUGCACCACAAGCCAUCACUAACAAUACUAUCGACUCAUACACAACCAUCUUUCUCACAGAAAAGAAACUGUUAGCAGACACCGAACUCAAAUUAUCGACAUGUCCCGUCACUAUUAUAUUCGACGACGAAUUAUCUUGUGUCAAAGUGCGAGAGAUCAUUAGAGAGAAGUGCGCGGUGUACACGAACGGAAACGUAUUCAUAGCGGACGAAGUCGGGUACCAAUUUUUCGACGAGUCGGAAAUCCCAUGUUACGUGAAGAGUGAGACAACUGGACGUGAACAACAAAUAACUCGAGGGUCAAGACUCUCUUUUGGAUUUACAGCUGGGUCGAUUCUUGGUGAUAUCUUCCAUCCCAUUUUUGCUAUUAAAGAAGGAUAUACACUCUCCGAGAAGAUGGAAGAGAAGUCAAUUGUGGUCGACUCGAGUCACCCAUACUUGACUGACCAAAUGGUUGAAGUUUGGUUCAGAAAUGUCUUCAACGCAAAGGUGAAGAUGGUGAUAGAAAGAAAGGGAAAGAGUUUAUUAUUGGUCAACGACUUUUUUAAACCUCCACUUGAGAAGGCUGGAACAGACCAAAUCACUGGACUGGAAAUCCUGUUUCUUCCAAAGAAUCUGUACGACCCCGAGGAACCAUUUUCUGCACUCAUUCUGGAGUAUUUGAAUACAAUAAAAGAACUAAAGAAUGAAAGCGAAGAGCAACACGACGAUUUGGAAACAAAUUGUGCAGAGACACUUGCUCUGUUCUUUGGAUACGUUUCAACAAUAGACAAGUUCAAGACGCUCUUCCAAAAAUAUGUUGGAUUUCAAUUGGUGGAGUAG